AUGGGCUUAAGCUCGAACACCUCGAGCUCUCUCCAUCACUCACUCCAUUCUUUACCUUCAUCACGUAACUCUCUCAUCACUCCCUCCUUCCAUCAUUUGUCCAUCACUCUCCUUCCAUCAAUGUCUCCAUCACUCUCUCCUUCCAUCACUCUCCAUCUCUCCCUCCUUCCACCACUCUCUCCAUCACUCCCUUCUUCCAUCACCCAAUCCAUCACUCCCUCCCUCCAUCACUCUCUCCGUCCUUAA